UUAGGUGUUCGCAACGAUGGACACCCAGAUCCAACACUCCAGAACCAGUCACGCCAUCGACGCCAUCGCGAGGCCGGGUCGUGGUGGCCAUGUACUCAUUCCAGGGUCGCAGCAAUGGCGAACUCACCUUUGAGAAGGGAGACAGGAUGGAGAUUCUCAAUGAUGCUGAUGCUGACUGGUGGUUAGCGCGACAUAUGACACAUGGCAUUGACGGCUAUAUUCCAAAGAACUAUGUUGCAUCCACAUCUUCACUUGAGUGCCAAGACUGGUACUUUGGCAAAAUAGCCAGGAAAGAAGCAGAAAAAUUACUAAUGACACGGGGGAACUUAAGAGGCACUUUUCUCAUCCGUAUGUCGGAACAAUCUAGUCAUGGAUAUUCCCUAAGUAUAAGGGAUUGGGACCAACAAAAGGGAGAACAUGUCAAGCACUACAGAAUCAAGGUCACUGACAAUGGAGGCUUCUUCAUCACCUCAUCACAGGCUUUCCGGACACUCAAUGACCUGGUGGAUGCCUAUAAAAGAAACAACUAUGGGCUAGCAUGUCUCUUGCAAUACCCAUGUCCACGUCCACAACCCCAGAAAUGGGAUCUGUCACGAGAGACCAAAGAUCAGUGGGAGAUUGACCGUAACACUCUUUCCAUGAACAAGAAGUUAGGACAAGGUUCCUUUGGUGAAGUGUGGUAUGGUAUGUGGAACAACUCUACAGAAGUUGCCAUCAAGACCCUAAAACAAGGAGCAAUGAGUCCUUCUGCCUUCUUAGAAGAAGCCAGAAUUAUGAAAAAAUUACGGCAUCGUAAUAUUCUUGUACUUUAUGCUGUUUGUACGAAAGAAGAACCUAUACUAAUAGUCACUGAGUAUAUGUGUAAUGGUGCACUGCUAGAUUUGCUCAGGAAUGAGGGCGAGCGCACCCUCAAACUCAAUGACUUAAUAUAUGUGGCAACACAGGUUGCUGCAGGUAUGGCUUACCUAGAGAGCAAACAGUUGUUACAUCGAGACCUUGCUGCCCGUAAUGUAUUAGUAGGUGAAUCUUUGACAUGUAAAGUGGCAGACUUUGGCUUAGCCCGAAUUGUGGAAGGAGAAGACUACUGCCCAAGCACAUGUAAUAAAUUCCCUGUCAAAUGGACAGCACCUGAAGCCAUGCUGUACAACCGCUUUACUAUCAAGUCCGAUGUCUGGUCAUUUGGUAUUCUACUAAUGGAAGUGAUUACCUAUGGUGCUAACCCAUACCCAGGAAUGAAUAACCGAGAGGUCAUAGAGAAAGUCCAGAUGGGCUACCGAAUGGCCAAGCCUCCACGAGCUCCCGAUGAGUUAUACGAAGUGAUGCUACAUUGCUGGGAUAAGUAUCCUGAUCAACGACCUACCUUUGACUACUUGCAUCAUUUCUUCGAUGACUACCAGGUCUCCUCCGAAAUACCCUAUCGCGACAUCCACGACUAAUAACAACAUGACCCUGCCUGACCUCCACCCUCUAAUUCAGACCCUCCCAGGCCAGGACAACCUGGGUAAAAAACAGUCAGUAAGUUUUAUUAAUUGGUCACCCAGAAUAAGUAGCUGGGUAAGGUUCAAGAGCUGAACCUUGAAAAAGUAAACUUAAUUUUUAUUAAUAUGGUGGAGGGUAGCGGUAACUAGGGACACAUUGCUUUGUUCAUGGCACGAUGAUUCCCCAAUGAUUAGAUAGUAUUGUGAUAAGGACAAUUCUCCUUCUCAUAUUGGUAUCAAAUUAAUUGGCAGUGCUUGAUGUCCAAUAAUUCAACUGAUGCAUUAUUCAUAAUUCUUGUUACCUGCUAUUAAUUAUGAUGGAACUUGUCAGCUUAGACAUGGUUCUAGCAGAACUUUACUUUGCUUAUAUUUGAAGUGGAUGUUUCAGAAAGAGAGGGUGUUUAUAGAAACUGAAUUCUCAGGUAGAUGUAGAAUUGUUUCUGUAUGUUGUGCUUAGUGUUUGUCCAAAGAGUACACUGCUACUCCAUUUGGACUGAUUGUAUGCCUCUAGCUGUAUCACAAAGACUAUGCUUGUGGAGGAGAAUUCAUUUUCUACAAAAGACCUCUUGGCCGAGGGGGAGAUUUUGUACCACACCAAAAACUAUAUCAAAACCAAUUACACAAUCCUAUGUGUAGUCAUAGUUGUAGAGAAGUUUCCCAGUGUCCUUGCACCCUGUCUGUCUUAUUGUUGUGCCCAUUUCUCUGUGGAGAUGCUUUUUUGUGAUAGAAUUCCCCUCCCUCCCCUUCAUCCUAUCAAGGCUGAUCUUUGCUUUCUGUCCCCCUUGGAAAAUGAUUAGUCACCAUGGAGAUACUUGGACAAAAAUGUGGAUUCGUGAUUUUUUAUUCUUAGUUUUAGUGUUACUGGAAUGAUUAGAAAAACGUUCCUUCACUUGUGCUUGUAAUUUGCUUAUACAUGAAUGCUGUUUUGCAUGGAAACUGAUGUUGAUUGUAUAGUGGUCUAUCUUCAUUAGAAAACAAAAGAGUGUUUAAUUGAAUUGUCAGAAAGUUUUGAUACAAGUUUUGAAAUCAGUUUUUGCUCAAAUUUUAUUUGGAAUAUUAUUUGGAAAUGACACAGUAUAAAGAGAUACAUAGACAGUGGAUAACCUUUUCCUAAUUAAUAUACAUGAUAACUGAUCUAAAGAUAAAUGUUCUUUUGUAAUUUGAACUUCUUAAACCACUGUGUGAGAUAUAUGUACGAUAAGUAAUGAUUACGUUUCUUAUUGUACUUUACUUUUGAAACUUUUAUAAAAGAGAGACUGCUGAAUAUAUAUGGAAGAAACUUCCAUAAAAGUAAUCAUAACCUUAGAUUAUAUCUUAUUUUUGUACAAACCUCCUAUGAUAAGGCAUCAUGUUAGUUAUGGUAUAUGUUCACUGCCUUUAAAAUUUUCUGUUGAGUAAAAAUUCGUUUUUUAAAGAUAACUGGGAUUCUCCAGCACUAAUAAGUAAUAGAAUGAUAUUAAUUUAUUAAAAGAGUGCAAUACUUUUAAAUUAAAGAUAAAACAUUUAGAUUUUAUUUUAUUUUAUUUUAUCACUUUUGUUUUGUUUUGUUCAAAAGUGCUUUACACUAUACGAGAGAAGGACCAAUCAGUAGCCUUUUAAAUCUGAUUAGUGGAAUUUAUAAAUAAAUUGUCAUGUAUGUGCUGAGAAGUUUAUGAUUAAUCUUCCAUCUAUCUGAUGCAAAGAAAAAGGAAAAUGGAUAAUAUACACAUUUUAAAAGGGACCACUUGGAUUUUUUUUUUUAUAUCCAACUAGAUUUAUCAGGUUGGGUAUAUCGCAUUCUAUUCAUCCUUUCCUCUAAUUGCCUGAAUGUAAUUCAAAAAGGGAAGAAGGAAAAAGGAAAAAAAUAUAUAUGCUUCCAGUUAAAUAAUUAUGGCAGAAAGCAAUUAAUGGAGUUGAUUAUUAGUUAUAGAUCAAAGUAACUCUGGACUGUACAUAGAAUAUUUGCUCAUUGCAAAACGGCCCCAAAGCCUGUUUCAAUGAAACUAGUGUUAGCUGGAUAUCAAUGCAAAUUUUCACACGUUUUCAGUUCAUAACUGAGAGAAUUCAUUUUCAAAUACAAAGAGCAUAGUACACAUAUACAUUAAACUGUGUGAAGUUUGUAACCUUCUUUUUCUUUUAGUAACUGUUUUUUUUUUACAUCUCCAUGUAACUAUCUUUGCCUUUUGCAUAAUAUGAAACCUUUCCUACGGUGAAAAAAGCCUCAUUCUUCUCCUGGAGAUCUGACGCAUGGCUGACAAAGAUUUCAUGGAUGUAGGUUGCUCAGUGGCAAAGACGAAAAAUGUUCCUGAUUAUAAUUUGGAAUUCUUUUUUUCAUUAUGAUUGAAAUUAUUUGAUUGGAUGACAAUAGAUGAAAGCAGGCUACACAUCAAAAUGUAUGCUCAGGGUCAGUAACAUUUUAAUACAUUGUACCUUCUUAC